AUACACUUUGUGUUGACAUUCAAUAAACAGGGUAGAGUUAGAUUGGGUAGAUGGUACUCUACGUUUACACCAAAGGAGAAGACAAGAUAUACAAAGGAGGCAAUAAGUAAUAUAUUGAGUAGACGAGAGAAGGAUUGUAGCUUUGUAAUAUGGCGUGAUUAUACAUUGGUUUAUAAACGAUAUGCAAGUCUAUACUUUAUGAUGGCCAUCGAUAAUACAGAUAAUGAACUGAUAACAUUGGAGAUGAUACAUCGUUUUGUUGUAAUUUUAGAUAAAGUAUUCCUUAACAUAUGUGAGCUAGACCUGAUAUAUGAGUUUGAGAAGGUUUGUUAUAUAUAUGUCUUUUAUCCAUUGACAAUA